AUGGACAACUCGGGCUUGACCUUUUCUGGCCUCGUCCAUGCCCUUGACGGACUCGAGUUCCAAGACGGCCGCAUCCUGGUCAUGACGACCAACUUCCGCAACCACGUGGACGACGCGCUCAAUCGGAACGGUCGCAUCGACGAUAAGUAG